AUGAGCAACAUAUCCAGCAAGGUGCGACGAUCGUCACGUUGUGAUGCUCAGCACAUUGUCAGGGCGGUCUACGAAGCCCUCGAGAUGAGGAAGAACAAGCAGGCGUUGAAACUUCUCGGUCCUCUCCUGCAGAAGAAAGCUGGAAACCCACAGCUGCUCAUCUUGAAGGCCCUGGCCCUUGUGCGGGUAGGGAAGAAGGAGGAAGCUCUGCAGCUGGCACAUGAGCUGAAGGCGCAAAGACAAGUGGAAGGGGACGAGACUUUGCUGAACAAUCUUGCGAUAGUCUUCCGAGAAGCUGGAGCCGCUUCAGAAGCUACGGAAUGUUUCAAGAAGCAGGAGCCGAACAAUGAGGAGCUUGCCUUGUGCUUGUUCGCCGCAUAUGGGAGAGAAAGAGAUUUCUUGAAGCAGCAACAGCUCGCUCAGAAGUUGCAGAAACAGUUUGGCCGCGAGCAGUACGCGCUGUGGGCGAUCGUUGCUACCACACUACAAGUGAUGGAAGGAGCUCCUCCGAAACUGCUGUUCCUCACAGAGCGACAGAUGGCGAAGAGAGCAGAAGAGUCGAAGCUGAACACAUACGAGGAGAUGCGGCUCUACCUUGAGAUCCUCGAGCGACAGGGCAAGUUGGCUGAGGCCGUCCAGAUGCUUGAGAGCCCCAUCGGUGACAACUACACGUCCAAGAUUGAGAGAUUGCAGACUAAAGCUCGUCUUCUCUUCAACAACGGAAACUGGAAGGAGGCGCGGGCAGUGUACAUGGAGCUGAUGACCGUGGACGAAGGGCAGGUGAAGGGGAAGGAAGAAUGGUCACACGUGCGGGGGGUUCUUGAUUGUAUCAUGAAGGAAAAGAACUUUCCCGUUCCCUCCAACGCUCCUCAGGGAGGAAGUGUCGGUGGGAUGUCGAUCACUAUCGCUCCUGUUGAGAACCCGAAGGAGGAUUUCGAGUGGAUUAUGCAGGAGGGGGAGAAAAUGAUUGCAUUUCUCAUUGAGCAUCAAACUGGAGAGAUAAAGUCCCGAACUCCCCAUCUCGCCGCUGUGGAGCUCUACACCAGGCUGCUCGCCUUCUGCCCUGCGCACCUGAGUAUCCACAAAGACAUCCUGGGCAAGUCCAUCGAUGCAGUGUACAGUUAUGUGGAAAUGUUCUGCACGAAGGACAUGUGUGCGUAUGACCUGGUGGUUCCCCUGCAAAGGUUUCCUGUCGAUCAACAUCAGAUCAUUAUGGACAAGCUCAAGACUCUCGGUGGCUCAGGGCCGCACAAAGACGCCUCGGACGACCUUGAGAGCGUUUGUUUGCGAUUCGGAACGAUGACAAAGAUAUCAAGGAUGCUGGGUUUGCACACAUCGAUCGUGUCGGACGACUCCAAGUUCAGACAAGAGGUGCAGGAGCACUUGCAUGCUGCCCUCUCUUGCGUCAAGAGGCUGAAGAGAAAGCCCGGUUACCCUCGAGAUCGAACACCGUCGGACGACAACACGCUGGUUGCUGCAAGACUGCUCUUCGACAAGUUCUGCCAGACUAGAGAUGAGUGCUAUCUGGUGGACGCCAGCAUCGUCGCCCGGUGGGGGCUGCAUGUCUCUCCGACCAACUUUCAGUUCAAAUUACUUCUCCUCAAGCUGUACAGAACGCUCGGGGCCUUCGAAGCGAUGCAUGAAGUUUACACGGAGCUGGAUGUGAAGCACAUUCUGUGGGAUACGUUGACUUAUCUCAUCCUUCCUGCCUCCUUCCAAUGGUGUCACAUUAACAAGGUGAGGGAGAAAGGAGGCUAA